CAUGUAAUGUGUCUGACACAAAAUGUCUACGAACAUCAAUAGCAUUAUUCGUUAUUUAAUUCCAGACUUCAAAGACUUCCAACUCCACCAAUAUCAAUUGUCUCAAAGUUGCCAUUUUUGCUAAAAGAUAUUGCAUCUUAAAUUUAACGAUCUGAUCUGAUUGGACUGGAUGAUGAUGAUGACUCACUCGGUUCUUUACGAUACUUCGCGUGAUGUCAUCUGUGAAUGAAACCUCUUUUUUAACUUGUUGCCAGUAUUACAAGAGUGGGGAGCGGCUAUACUUGUAUUGUUACGGGAAAAAAGACUCGGUUGGAUCGGUUUAGCAUUGUUGGUAUUGUAUAUUGUGCUGCAUAAAUGCUGUGCGUCCUAUACAGCCGAUUCUGCCGUUGGUCACAUUUUUACACCUGGGUUGGUUAACUUUUUCCAGAGUUUUGCUUUAAUGUCAUCUAAGUCUUUCAUUUAUAAUUGUAAUUAGAUUCUAUAUUGUACAUUUAAAACAAGAAAAAUACAUUUCAAAAUGGGCAACGUCCAUUGGGGACUUGCACUUCUGAUUAAGCUAUUGUACAUCGCGUCUCUGGGGCAUGCUCAGAGAACCCCUACCAUUUCUAUCAUUUCGCAAGAACAAAUCAAGAAUAUUGGUGGCACGGUGGAGUUGGAUUGCUCAGUUCAAUAUGCAAGAGAUUACCCAGUGUUGUGGAUGAAGCUAGAUAAGGAUACCGGACAGCACCACUUAAUUAUUUCAUCUGGGAGCACGCUUAUCAUUCGUGACAGCCGAUUCAGUCUCCGCUAUGAUCCCUCCAGUUCCUUGUAUACUUUACAAGUGAAGGAUUUGCAAGAAACGGAUGCUGGAACUUACCAGUGUCAAAUUCUCAUUGGGGUCAGCAACAGGGUUACUGCAAACGUGGAUGUUUUAGUGAGAAUACCGCCGGUAAUCUCGGAUAAUUCGACUCGAAGUUUAGUAGUGUCUGAAGGUCAGUCCGUUACAUUGGAAUGUUAUGCGUCUGGCUUCCCACUGCCCAGAAUUUCAUGGAGAAGAGAAAAUAACGCCAUCCUGCCGACUGGAGGAUCUAUUUACAGAGGAAAUGUUUUGCAUAUCCUAUCCGUCAAGAAGGAGGACAGAGGGACUUAUUAUUGUGUUGCGGAGAACACGGUGGGUCGAGGAGCUAGGAGGAAUAUAGCACUGGAAGUGGAGUUUCCUCCAGAUAUUACGGUGCCCAGACCCAGAGUUGGUCAAGCGUUGCAGUAUGACAUGGAUCUCGAGUGUCACAUCGUCGCUUACCCACCACCUGCAAUUACGUGGUUACAUAACGACGUUGUGCUAUCUAACAACCAGCAUUACAGAAUCUCUCAUUUCGCUACAUCCGAUGAAUUUACGGACACAACCCUGCGUGUAAUUACGAUCGAAAAGAGACAGUUUGGGCAAUAUACUUGCAAGGCCGCAAACAAACUUGGAAUCACUCAGAAAGAGGUUGAGCUGUUUGAGUCUAUAAUUCCGGACGAAAAUUAUCCUCAACUUUUACUCCCGAAAAAAUUCAGUUUAUGGAAAUGGAUGACUUCAAGUGCCCCUAAUAAUAAUCUUCUGAAUCCAGGCCCGUUUUUCAACAGAAGGAACGCCGUCUUUCACACCAUUCCGUCUUGUCGCGUACUUUUGACAAUUUUAACCACCUUAAUGUUAUAUUUAGUGUAAUUAAUUAAUGAAUUAAUUAAUAAUGGAGCUUUACUAAAAAGGCAUGCAUCUGUCUGUCAUGCUCUGAAGCUCUCUCGUAUGAAUUUCAACAAGAUCAUGACAAAGCCAGUGAUUUAGCUUUAUCGAAUGCAGCAGGAACUAAGUACACAAUGCUUAUGUAUUUUUACAAAUUUCACCCGGUGUGUGUAUGUAUGGCAGAUAUGUUUUUAUGUAUAGACUAUAGUAGAAGGGUCCACUUACUACAUACAUUUUUACAUAUUUAGUGCUAUUACACACAAAAAGUAGAUACGUUAAAUUUGUUUUAAUUAUUAUUUUUUGUACACGUUGCCAUAUUUUGAUAACGAUGUUAGUGUAAAAUAACAUAAUAUGUAAGAUGCCACGUUUCAUAAAUAACAUUUGUAAAUUACAAAUUGUAAUUGUUAUAUUAUUGUCAUUAAACUGCCGAAUUGAUUUUUCUAUAACAGA